AUCAUUCACACCGUGGCCCCCCUCACCAAGAGGGCGGGAAAAGGGCAAGAUCCCGCCCUCUAUGCAAAUCUCAUGCCAGCGAUUGGCGGGCAGGCGGGGCCGGUGCCCUACACAGGCUAUAAGAGCGGGGGGAAACAAUGCCCCCGCCGUCCCGGGUCGGGGGCUGGCGCCGGGCGCGGUGGGUGCAUUGGGGUGGGGGUCUCCCCCUCAUCCAUGGGGCUGGGGGUGCCCUUUUGCUGAGCGGGGCUGCAGGUCAAGCUGGGGGAGUGCCCCCUUUUCUUGCUGUUCCCUCAUCCCCAUGCAGAGAUGGAGUUUGACUCGUACCAACACUACUUCUACGACCACGACGCCCAGGAGGAUUUCCACCGCUCCACGGCGCCCAGCGAGGACAUCUGGAAGAAGUUCGAGCUGGUCCCCACUCCCCCCAUGUCUCCCUUGGGUGCCCCCGGCGAGAAAGGCUGCUGCUCCGGGGCUGAGGAGCGCUCGAGCGGGCUCUCCCGGUACUACCGGCCCGGGGAAGAGCCGGAGUAUCUCAUAGGGACGAGCGAGAUCUUCGGGAACCUGAGCGCUUUCAUCCUCAAGGACUGCAUGUGGAGCGGGUUUUCAGCCCGGGAGCGCCUGGAGAAGGCAAUGACGGAGAAACUUUCCACGGGCACGCAGAGGGCCACCCCCCACAAGCCCUCCUUCGCGCAGGAUUUGGGGUUCAGCAGCUCCGUCAGCGAGUGCGUGGAUCCCGCCGCCGUCUUCCUUUGCCCGCUGGCCGAGAGCAAGAUCCCGGCGUCCUCGGGAUCCGAGGGUCAAAGCGAUUCCGAAGGUGAAGAGAUCGACGUGGUGACAGUGGAGAAGAGGCAAUCGCUCGGCCUGAGGAAGCCGGUCACCAUCACACUGCGCGCUGACCCCUUGGACCCCUGCAUGAAACGCUUCCACAUCUCCGUCCACCAGCAGCAGCACAACUACGCCGCACGCUCCCCUCCGGACACGUGUCCCCUGCCGGAGCCGUCCCAGCAGGAUGAGGACAAGCCCCCAAGCACCCCCCAAGCAGAACCAGCCCCUGCUACCACACUGCCUGAGCCCAGCUUGCCCAAAGCCAGCAGCAGCCCUGGCUCCGACAGCGAGGACGUGGCCAAGAGGAAAAACCACAACUACCUGGAGCGCAAGCGGCGCAAUGACCUGCGCUCGCGCUUCCUGGCGCUGCGGGACCAGGUGCCCGGGCUCGCCAGCUGCCCCAAGACCCCCAAAGUGGUGAUCCUGAGCAAGUCCUCCGAGUACCUGCAGUCGCUCCUGGCUGCGGAGAGGAGGAUGGUGGCCGAGAAGCGGCAGCUCCGGCUGCGGCAGACCCAGCUGCUCAAACGGAUUGCUCACCUCAAGGGGCACUAGCGCCCGGCUGCACCCCCUCUUCCCCCCCAAAACCCCCCAAUCCCUCACAAUUUGCACAUUUCUUAAUGUUCUUGUUUGGUUCAGUUGUUGAACUGUUGGCCCCAGGGGGCUGGAGCAUGAGGUGGUUGCUGUAUAUAGGGUGGAUGCGGUGGCUGUCCUGGUUGCGGGAAUGGGGC